UUUCGUCCACCCCGAUUAAUAAAGACUUUUUUUCCGCCCUUGGUUUAUUUGCAUUUCUUGCCAAAGUCUUUUUUAAAAGACAAAAAGACGACCAUAAAAGCUGUAUAAUCCUCAAAGGAUCCAGCUUUGCCAUUUCUCUCUGAAGAUUCUGUAUACAGAAUUUCUUAAAAGUAUGGGGAAUUCAGAUUCAAGUUUUGAUGAUUCUCAUGAUGAUAUUUCACAACCCACUUCUUAUACGGGAAGUCCAGUGGAUUAUAAUUAUCAGCAGCACUAUCAGUAUAUACAGCAAAAUCAGCAUAUACAGCAAAAUCGGCAUAUACAGCAAAAUCAGCAUAGACAGCAAUCAACAUACAUAGCUGACAAUUUCAACUCCCUAGACCAGGUUAUUUCUGCACUAAGAGAUGCUGGUCUUGAAUCAUCAAAUUUAAUACUUGGUAUUGACUUCACAAAGAGUAAUGACUGGACAGGCAGGCAUUCUUUUCACCGGAGAAGCCUCCAUGCUAUUGGCAGCACUCUAAACCCUUAUGAACAAGCGAUCUCUAUCAUUGGUCGGACUUUGUCACCCUUCGACGAAGAUAAUUUGAUACCAUGUUUUGGAUUUGGAGAUGCAUCAACACAUGAUAAAUAUGUAUUCAGCUUUUAUCCUGAUCAUCGUCCAUGCCAUGGUUUCGAGGAAGCUCUUAGCCGAUAUAGAGAGAUUGUUCCACACCUAAAGUUGUCAGGUCCAACUUCUUUUGCCCCCAUUAUUGAUGCAGCAAUUGACAUUGUGGAGAACUGCAAUGGACAAUAUCAUGUCCUUGUCAUCAUUGCAGAUGGCCAGGUUACUAGGAGUCCUGAUGUUCCACCUGGGAGUUACAGUCCACAGGAGCAAGCAACUGUGAACUCCAUUGUUGCUGCCAGCCAAUAUCCUCUCUCAAUUAUUUUGGUUGGAGUUGGGGAUGGACCAUGGGAUGCGAUGCAACAAUUUGAUGAUAACAUUCCUCAACGUGCAUUUGAUAACUUCCAGUUUGUCAACUUCACAAAAAUCAUGUCUGAGAACACUGAAGCAUCAAAGAAAGAAACAGCUUUUGCACUUGCGGCGCUUAUGGAAAUUCCAUUCCAGUACAGAGCUACUCAAAGGCUUCAUUAUCUGAAUGGAGAAUCAGGAAGUGGUGGUCCAGAGUCAAGGCACCUUCCUCGUACAAGGCCACUUCCGCCUCCUCGGGAAGUGAUUGAUCAUGAUAAUGCAGUUAAGUCAAUCCCAAUCACAAAAAAUUUUGAAGCAGCUGAAUCAAAAGCUCCAGUAGAACAACCAGUGUGCCCUAUUUGCUUGACAAACCCAAAAGACCUGGCCUUUGGAUGCGGUCAUACGACAUGCAGGGAUUGCGGUGUAACCAUUUCAAGUUGUCCGUUGUGCCGGGAACCUAUAACAACACGCCUGAGGCUAUUUACUUGAGCAGUAAAGGAUGUUUCCUGGAUGUUGAUUGUAGAAAAAUAAAGAUAAGGGAUUCAUGACAAGCUGACAUUAUUUCAUGAAGCCAUGUAAUGUUUCAAGUUCAUUAUAUCUAGUAAGGGUAGAGUCCCUUGUAUCAUAUUUUAUUUUAUUUUAUUUUAUUUUAUUUUGUUUGCAAAAUGGCUUUCAGGCAUAACUUGUAUAGAAUGGCGAUAGUAAGUAUAUUACACAAGUUGUACAAUGAUAUUCAUUAAAUUUUGCUAUAAACAUCAAGGUUAAUCUUGUGUUGGAGAGAGUCUGGUGGUUUAUUUAGAAAAAGAGUUGAGACCUCUCCUCCAACGAACUUUUCCCUUUUUC